AUGGCGGAUGAUGCCUCGCGCGACGCCGCGCGUGGGAUGCCCUUCCUGGAUGUGGAGCUGCCCACGAACCUGGCAGCAGGGGAGGCGGAAAAGCGACGGAGAAACGUCAAAGCGAUGUUUGCCUUUCAGCUCUUCAUCUCCCUCGCCUGGGGUAUGGCCAUGGGCCCUGUCUUCGAUAAGUAUUUAUUCCUUUUGGGCUCGGGCCUUGCUCGUGGCCCCACACUCUUCCCAGUGAACCGAGCCAACUCCUUGGUGGGGGUGGCCGAGAGCGUGUCGGGCAUCACGAGCCUGGUGGUGGCGAUCCCCGUGGGUUUGUUGGUGGAUCGCCGUGCCGAGCGCCGGGCGAAGCUGCUGCGCUGGUCCUCGGGCUUGGCGGUCAUGGCCUUGCUCUUCGGCCUGGCGGUGCUGCUGACGGAUGAGGUCGCUGUGCUGUUCGUGAUGCUCAUCCUUUUUGGCGCCUUCAUGGAGCUCGCCUCCAGUGCUUCUGAGGCCAUUUUCGCUGAUAGCAUUCCAGUGGGCGAGCGCGGGGCCCUCUAUGUCACCAAAUCCGUCAUCAGCACUGUGGGUGCAGCCUGCGGACCUGGUGUCUCUGCGGUGGGGCUGGCCCUUCUAGGUGACGAGUGGGAGCCCUAUCAGAUCAAGAUCAUCAUGGUCAUCGGUUUGCUGCUCACGGUGCCGGCCAUCCUCCCUCUCUUUGUCUUCGGGGACCCCAACACCACUGGGGGUUCCAACACUGCCUGUGCUCGCGUUGCUGAGCCAACGGGCACAGCGGAAAGAGCCAACGGGCACAGCGGAGAGGCAGAGGUGACGAGCCCGGGCGGGCGGGACGGGCUGCGGCCACGGCUGGGCUUUCUGGGGCCCAAGCAUGUGCCCUUCAUUGUGGCUCUCUCGGACUUCAUCACCGCCAUCGGUGCGGGAAUGACGGUGAAGUUCUUCAACCUUUUCUUCAUCCAGGACGAGCAUUUUUCCCCAGUGGCCAUUAGCCUCCUUCAGACGGUCUACCCUUUGGCGAUAGCUGGCUUCAUGAAGGUGUCGGAGUGUCUCGCCAAACCGCUGGGCCGCUCGCAGGCCUCUUUGCUCUUCUUCAGCCUCAACGUACUUUGCCUCCUUUUGAUGGCACAAGUGCAGUGGCUUCCCCUAUUGUUGCUGGUCUUUCUGGUGCGAGGUGGGAUGGCGAAUAGCACCUAUCCCAUUGACCGCUCCAUUCUCAUGGACUUCACCCCAUCCUCGCAGAGGGGAAUGUGGAAUGCAGUGAACAGCUUGACCUCCAUGACCUGGAGUGGCUCCGCCUUCUUAGGCGGCUUCCUGUCGGACCAGCACGACUAUCGGUACACCUUCUUCAUCACUUCUUUGGUUUAUGCCGCUGCAUGCCCGGUCUAUGUGCCUUUGCUUUACCUGGUCCCGCGGAAGGAGAAGGAGGCUGCUGCGGUUCAGCCAGGUGAGCACACUCAUGCCGCGCGAUUCUUUCUGGCCUUGGAUGGCAUCAGAGGGGUGAACUUACUGAGGUGGCAGGACCUGCCCAAGUGCCGCGCUGACUCGGAGCCACCUCCUUCUAAGGUGUAUUUGGCGGCAGUGGACCAGUGGGGGAACGCUUGCUCCUUCAUCAAUUCCAACUACAUGGGUUUUGGCACAGGCAUCGAUGGCUGUGGCUUCUCCCUGCAGAAUCGUGGGCACAACUUCAUCCUGCAGAAAUCGCACCCCAACUGCCUUGGGCCAAGCAAGUUUUGCUACCAUACGAUCAUCCCAGGCAUGGUGACCCGUGAGGAGACGAAGGACUUGUUCUGCACUUUGGGCGUCAUGGGCGGCUUCAUGCAACCUCAGGGGCACCUUCAGGUCUUGUGCGCCAUGGCGGACUACGGCUUGGAUCCACAGGCGGCCUUGGACCAGCCACGCUUCUGUCUGCAAGGUGUGGACAGUGCGCUGGGUGCUGCAAGUGCCGGCGCGGCCCAGCUGCUGCUGGAGGAAGGGAUGCCCGAAGAGACGCAGGCGGGUUCCAACCUCGAGCUCUGGGUCCACCAUGUAGCAAUCGCCCGACACCAUUACUACUAUAUAGUAGCUCUUCGUUACUAUAUAGUAGUAGUGCACUUGGCUACGUUCGUAGCGUCCUUGCUAGUAGCGAUGCACCAUGCUACUAGGUAG